UUUCUAUCAUCUGUAACUUGACGCGCGGGCAGAGCUCGAUGGAUACUCUGAGAUAAUUUGGGAGCGCAAUCUGAGAGAAAGAGUGGAGGCCUGCGGUUUACUUAGAUAUGCAUUUCCAGGAGUGGAUACGAUCACUUCGUUCCAGCACGGGACUCAAAGUGUCCGAAUCAGACGACCUCUGGAGUCUUCUGCCGUCUCUGCCUCUGUCCUCCUUCUCCCUGUCCUCCUUGUCUCUGUCUCCCUCUUCUCUGCUGGGUUUAGGAGCCCUCGCCUCCCUCACUGCAUAUUGGCUGGUGACCCGUCCUCGACCCAUGCGUCCUCCCUGUGAUCUACAAGCCCAGUCCGUAGCUGUGAACGGAGAUCCCAGCUGCAGGCGAUCUGCUCUCCUUAACGAUGACUCACUGCUGGAGUUUUACUAUGAUGACACCAAGACAGCCUAUGACAUGUUCCAGAGAGGCCUGAAGAUCGCAGGAAAUGGCCCUUGUCUUGGAUUCAGGAAGCCGGGGCAGCCCUACGAGUGGAUCUCCUACACUGAGGUGGCUGAACAGGCGCAGGUGCUGGGCUGUGGGCUGCUGGCCAAAGGCUGCCAACCGACACCGGAGCAGUUUGUUGGGAUAUUUGCACAAAACAGACCAGAGUGGAUUAUCUCAGAGCUGGCCUGCUACACUUACUCCAUGGCGGUGGUGCCUCUGUAUGACACACUGGGGCUGGAGGCGAUGGUCCACAUACUCAACUUGGCGGAGAUCUCUCUGGUGAUCUGUGACCGGGAGGAGAAGGCGGCGUCUCUGUUGGAGAACAAGGAGAAAGGCGUGACUCCAAAGCUCUCCUGCCUGGUUCUCUUUAACGAUUUCAGUGAGGCCUUCGUGGAGAGGGCGAAGAAUUGCCAGGUGGAGGUUUUGAAACUGGCACAGCUCAUGGAGCUGGGAAGGCAGAACCUCAAAGAUCCUGUGCCGCCCCAGCCUCAGGAUCUGGCCGUGGUUUGCUUCACCAGUGGAACCACAGGAAAGCCCAAAGGAGCCAUGAUCACCCACGGCAACAUCGCCUCCAACACUUCCUCUGUCAUUAAGAUCCUGGAGGGUUCAUUUGUGAUCCAGCAAGAGGAUGUGUCGAUCUCCUACCUGCCACUUGCUCAUAUGUUUGAGAGGAUGAUUCAGGUCUCAAUGUUCUGCCAUGGAGCCCGAGUAGGAUUCUACCAAGGAGACAUUUCUCUUCUUAUGGAUGACAUUAAAACUCUCAAACCCACCUUCUUUCCUGUUGUCCCUCGUUUGCUUAAUCGCAUCUAUGACAAGAUCCUGGGCUCAGUGACCUCUCCGCUGCGGCGGGCUUUGCUUCAUUACGCUGUGAGGAGGAAGCAGGCGGAGCUCAGCAGUGGCGUUGUACGUAACAACAGUCUUUGGGACAAGCUGGUGUUCAACAGGAUUCAGGCCAGUUUAGGAGGUAAUCUGCGGUUCGCCCUGACCGCUUCAGCACCCAUCUCCCCCACUGUGCUGUCCUUCCUCAGAGCCACUCUUGGCUGUCUGAUCUUUGAGGGUUACGGCCAGACAGAGUGCACCGCGGGCUGCACGUUUUCUAUGCCCGGUGACUGGAGUGCAGGUCAUGUUGGCGCUCCUUUGCCCUGCGCCAUGGUGAAGCUGGUCGAUAUCCCUGACAUGAAGUACUAUGCUAAGAACGGAGAGGGAGAGAUCUGCAUCCGAGGCCCCAGCGUGUUCAGAGGCUACCUAAGGGACCCAGAUAGGACAGCUGAAGCCUUGGACAGCGACGGCUGGCUGCACAGUGGGGACGUAGGCCAGUGGCUUCCAAAUGGAACGUUACGCAUCAUUGACAGGAAGAAGCACAUCUUCAAGUUGUCCCAGGGAGAGUACAUCGCUCCUGAGAAGAUAGAAAAUGUCUACAUGCGUUGUGUUCCUGUACUCCAGGUGUUUGUGCAUGGAGAUAGUUUACAGUCUUAUCUCAUAGGCAUAGUUGUGCCUGACCCAGAGGUGUUUGUUGACUGGGCUAAAGAGCGAGGAUUUGUGGGAUCCUACGAGGAACUGUGCCAGAAUCCUGAUGUAAAGAAUGCAGUAUUAGAGGACAUGAAAGCUGUGGGGAAGGAAGCAGGACUCAAGUCUUUUGAACAAGUGAAGGACCUUCACUUGCACCCAGAGACGUUCAGUGUCGCCAACGGCCUUCUCACCCCGACCCUGAAAAGUAGACGUGCCGAUAUCCGCAGAGUCUUUCAGGAACAGAUAGAAACCAUGUACAGCAAGACAGCUAUGUAAAGGACUCUGUUCACUAAUUCACACACACCACCCAAGAUUUUCUGGUGUCCAAUAAGGGAAUAAGAAGGGACAGGGACCUGGGAGAAGAAAAUUAAAUCCUUAAAUGUCCAGCAGUGCCUUGUGCAAAAUAUAAACCUGGAUAUAUUUUGGAAUAUUGGUAUUUUGCUUCACAGAAGUUUUAAUUCACGUCCACCCGUUCCUCCUCUUGCACAUACAUAUUAAUUCUUCACAUGAAAGAUUUCAUCUAAUGGGACCAAGACCAUUAUUCUGAUGUUUGUUCCAGUCUCAUUGCUGUCCACAUCACUAAUUCAGAGUUGUGAUUCACUGAGGUUUUUACUGGUAUAUAAAUUAUUGUGUAGCUGUUAAGAUAGGAAUCACAGAACUUAUUAGGAAUCAAGGUGCAGAAAUUUAGUUAGAAAUUUAUUUUAAGAUUCCCUUCUUCUUUCCCAUGCAAGGAUUUUUUUUUUUUUAAAGGGACACUGUUAAAGUUGGGUACUGGGAUGUUGUUGCUCAUGCAUUAACUGUAGGUCUGUAUUUUACUGUUGAUGGGUCCUCAUUUCACAUGUAAGUAUUCAUGAAACUUCCUUAUUUUUAAGCUUAUUGAUCAUGCAUUUUUCUAAUUGGGUCUGAAUGGCUUCCUAAACCAACAUAAUCCUUCAACUGAAGUUAAACCAUUAAAACUAAUGAGGAUUUCAACCAGCAACAAUGUGAAAAACUGUGUGAGCUGUAAAUAUUGCUUCUAGUGAGAUUUCUUAAAAGGACACUACUGACUAAUUCCAGUAAAGUAAAACUUAACAGUAAUAAAGAUUAGCUGCUGAUAA